AGAGAGAAAAAAGCCGACGUGUUAUCUAAAUAAUAACUUGUUAUUUGCCGUUGAAAACGCGCAAUGCCGACUUCCCCUGCUCAAUCUCCCACUUCUCAAUUCUUCUCACCAUAAAACCCCCACGAUUUUCCCAAAAUAAAAGUGGGAGAAACUAUAAAAGUUUCUAUCUUUUUUUGAAUUUUUUCAAUAAAUCUACCGUGAUGGUGAUGAAGAUGGAUCUGGGCAGAUGGGUGUUGUGCUUUUGCUUAUUGGCAUUGUUCCUGCCCACAAUUGUGUCCGGGAAUGCGGUUUUCAGAGUGCAGCACAAGUUCAAGGGUCGUGGGAAGUCGUUGAAUGCACUCAGGGCACAUGACACUCGCCGUCACGGUAGAAUUCUUUCGGCUGUGGAUCUACCUUUGGGUGGCAAUGGUCAUCCUUCCGAAGCUGGGCUCUACUUUGCUAAAAUCGGGAUUGGAACUCCAUCAAAGGACUAUUACGUGCAAGUUGAUACAGGAAGUGACAUAUUAUGGGUUAAUUGUGCUGGAUGUGACAGAUGUCCCACAAAAAGCGACCUUGGUGUUGAUCUAACUCUAUAUGAUAUGAAAGCCUCUACAACUUCAGAUGCAGUUGGUUGUGAUGAUAAUUUUUGUUCCUUAUAUGAUGGUCCACUACCUGGUUGCAAACCGGGGUUGCAAUGUCUAUACAGUGUUCUUUAUGGAGAUGGGAGCUCAACCACAGGCUACUUUGUGCAAGAUUUUGUACAAUACAACAGAAUUUCAGGAAACUUUCAAACCACACCAACUAAUGGGACUGUAGUAUUCGGAUGUGGAAAUAAACAAUCUGGGGAGCUAGGCUCAUCUUCUGAAGCACUUGAUGGAAUACUUGGUUUUGGACAAUCAAAUUCGUCUAUGCUUUCACAGCUAGCUUCAUCUGGAAAGGUGAAAAAAGUAUUUUCACACUGCUUGGAUAAUGUAGAUGGAGGUGGAAUUUUUGCUAUUGGAGAAGUUGUGGAACCAAAAGUAAACUUAACCCCGUUGGUACAAAAUCAGGCACAUUACAAUGUUAUUAUGAAGGAAAUUGAGGUGGGUGGUGAUCCUCUUGACGUUCCCUCAGAUGCAUUUGAAUCUGGUGACCGGAAAGGCACAAUAAUUGACAGUGGCACAACCUUGGCUUAUUUCCCACAGGAGGUUUAUGUUCCACUAAUAGAAAAGAUUUUGUCUCAGCAGCCUGAUUUGAAACUACACACUGUUGAACAAGCAUUCACAUGCUUUGACUACACUGGAAAUGUCGAUAACGGAUUUCCAACUGUCACCCUUCAUUUUGACAAGUCAAUUUCUUUGACAGUGUAUCCUCAUGAGUAUCUGUUCCAAGUUAAGGAGUUUGAGUGGUGUAUUGGUUGGCAGAACAGUGGGGCACAAACAAAGGAUGGAAAGGACUUGACUCUUUUGGGAGAUCUUGUACUAUCAAAUAAGCUUGUUGUAUAUGAUCUUGAAAAGCAAGGAAUUGGAUGGGUUGAAUAUAACUGCUCUUCAAGCAUCAAAGUGAAGGAUGAACGUUCUGGAUCUGUAUUCCGUGUAGGUGCCCAUGAUCUUUCUUCCAGUUACAGUCUGACUAGUGGAAGCAUUUUGAUAUCAUUGUUAUUACCAAUUGCUAUGCUUCACAGUUUUAUAUAUUGAAUCAUUGGGAUGAGUAAGAUGGCAUCCAUUGAUUUUGUUGUACCAUAAUUUGUUUUUUCAACAUGCGUGCUUGAUAUAAUUUUUUGUUUAUAACAAUGCCUCAGUCAUGUGUACUGUGCUUUUCUAAUCACAACACGGUCCAAAGGAUAGUUUUCUUGCCAAAUUUC